AUGUCAGUCAUCAAACAAGCUUUCUCCUCUCUCCUCUUGGUCCUCCUCCUGACGCACGCUCGUGACGCGCGCACGGCGGCGACGUCGUCCACGAUGGAGGACACGUGCAAGCGGUUCGCCGGCGGCGACCAGGCCGGGCACGACUACGACUUCUGCAUGAAGACGCUGGGAGCCGACCCGGAGAGCGCGAAUCUCGACGCGUACGACCUCGCCGUCGACGCAGUGUACAUGGCCAUGUCGGCCGCCAGGGCCACGGGCGCGCGUAUCGCCAGGCUGCAGCUCGCCGAGACGGUGCCGGCGCGGCGGGAGUGCCUGAACAAGUGCGCCGCUGAGUACGACGUGACCGUGCGCCGGCUCUCGGACGCCGGGAGCUACGCCUACGUUAGCGGCAGCGAGCACCUGCAGAAGGCGCAGACGUUGCUGGCGGAGACGCUGGGCGCUCCCCUGCGCUGCGACAGGGCGUUCACGGCCGCCGGCCAGAGGUCGCCGCUAUCCUCGACGGACUACGAGCUCAACGAGGCCAUUGGCUUGGCGCUCACCAUCCUGCCAGCGCCGCCGACGCCUAAGCCUUAA